UAAGAAAGGCGAUAUGGAGACUGUUGAUGCACGUGGGAUCCUAUUCUUUGAGCUCUUGUCCAAACUGGUGGAGACUUCUGUGCUGCCACGGAAAACCACAGUGAAUAUCGUCAGCUACUACCGGCAAAAGUUCCUAGAGUCUACAGGCAGGAAAGCUUUGCGUGCUGAUAGUAUCGAUGAAGAAAAAGAAACGGGACGUGGUGGCAAGAAAAGGCACGUGCCCAAAGCACGCUCCACUCCCUUGUCUUCCUUCGCUGGCGCUGCCCGCAUUUGCAUCAUGAAUGAUAAAGAGCUGGAAGAUUAUGUAGAACAUCUCCGCUUCCGAG